AUGCCCCAUAUCCCAUUCCCCAUCUCCCAUUCCCUAUCUCCCAUUCCCCAUCACCCAUGCCACGUCUCUCAUUCCCCAUCUCCCAUUCCCCAUCUCCCAUUCCCUAACUCCCAUUCCUCAUCUCCAAUGCCCCAUCUCCCAUUCCCCAUCUCCCAUUCCCCAUCUCCCAUGCCCCAUCUCCCAUUCCCCAUCUACCAUUCCCCCCAUUCCCCAUCUUCCAUUCCCCAUCUCCCAUUCCCAAUCCCCCAUUCCCCAUCUCCCAUUCCCCAUAUCCCAUUCCCCCCAUUCCCCAUCUCCCAUUCCCCAUCUCACGUGCCCCAUCUCCCAUUCCCCAUAUCCAAUUCCCCCCCUAUUUCCCAUCUCCUAUUCCCCCUCUCCCAUUCCUCAUCUCCCAUGGCCCAUCUCCCAUCCCCCAUCUCCCACUUCCCAUCUCCCAUUCCCCAUCUCCCAUUCCCCAUCUCCCAUUCACCAUCUCCCAUGACCCAUCUCCCAUUCCUCAUCCCCUUUUCCCCAUCUCCCAUUCCCCAUCUCCUAUCCCCCAUCUCCCUUACCCCUCUCCUUUUCCCCGUCUCCCAUUCCCCAUCUCCCAUGCCCCACCUCCCAUUUUACAUCUCCCAUUCCCCAUCUCCCAUUCCCCAUCUUCCAUUACCCAUCUCUCAUGCCCCGUCUCCCAUUUCCCAUCUCCCAUUCCCCAUCUCCCGGACUACCCCACCUGCCGUUGACUUGGAGCUGCUUGGACCCUCUUGA